CUCUUCCAUUAGCGCGGCGGUUGUGACGCUGCUCCGUUUUAUAUUACCUUAUCUGUCGAAAGUGACAAGCGUGACAAGACCAAGGUCCAGAUCGGGACUGCCGAUCGCCGAACGUGGCUCUCACGAGACUCGAGCAACGCAAUGGCGCAUUGGUUUCAUCGUAAUGUGUUAAAAGCGACUGCUAAUCAAAAGUUUGAGUUGAAAGUGGCCAAUUCUACGGACGCCACCAGGAAACUUUGCAGUGACUUAAAGCUAUCAAGAGCCAGACUUCUGGAGUUGAUAAGAAAUGCAAACAAUACCAGCGACACGAUAGACCCUGCAUUUCUCAGUUACUUAAGUUUGCUGUAUGGAUUUUUAUGGGAAGUCAAACCAUCUGAGGAAGAGGCGCAGCACGUCGGCAGACCAAAUCCUAGCAAGCUCAGAAAUGCUCUUGUGUUCAAAUGGACACAUACAUUACUUGGUGGUGGCACAUUCUCCAGUGCCGAUUCUGUUUAUGAAGCAGCUAACAUGAGUGUCAAUGUAGGCCUCUGGUUUAUGAAACAUGCAGCAAUGAUUGCUGCAAAAGAUGAUAUAACGAUGGACGAGGCUAAAGAAGUGCACAGCAUGUUAAGAAGGGCCGCCGGAAUAUUUACCUUCGUGCAGACUGAAUUUUUGCCACAAUUGGCUAAUCCUCCACCCUUGGGAAGUGAUUUAGAUCCUCGGGUACUAAAUGCAUACGUUAAUCAAUGCACAGCGGAAGCACAAGAAGUGACGGUGGCUAGAGCGGUAGAACUCAAACAUAAUUCUAGCUUGAUAUCAGCUUUAGCCAAUGAGACCAGUAAGUUGUUUUUGGAUGCUGCCAAUACUCUUCGUCCAUUCAAGGCAGAAAUAUCCGCUCAAUGGACGAAAUAUUUAGAGCUUAAAUCAGCAUUUUAUCAAUCUUACGCUUACAAUUAUUGCGGUGAAAACUUGUUGGCAAUGGAUAAGUGCGGCGAAGCGAUACGAGCGAUGCAGGAAAGUGAUUCAUGUUUAAAGAAGGCGAAAGCGCUCUGUCAAGAAUACGGGAAAACGAACGGGCCUGCACCUCGCGUGAAACCGGAUCAGCACGCCGUGUUUAGACGCUUGGCGCCCAUAGUGAAGCUCACUCUCGAUAAGUGUAAUCGAGAAAACGGUUUAAUAUAUCAUCAUACAAUACCGGGAGAAGUUCCAGCCUUGGAUACUAAAGCUACUUAUGGCUUGGUCAGUCCUAUCGAUUUUCAAAUGCCGUCACCAAAUCCUAUCUGGAAUUUGGGUACGUAUAAAACACUAGCUGCUGUAGCGGCGGCGAAAGCGGAAAAGGAGCAGAAUUUGCCGCCGGUUAAAGAAGAGGCAGUUCAUCAAAGCAACAAGGAGCCGAAGAACGCAAGCGGUUGCACACUACAAUAAGGCUCUUUACGCGCAACGAUAUAGUUGUUUGUAAAUGCUUUUUUUCGUCAUGGUGAUAUUAAUUUUAAUUGCGAUAGACAUGUGUGGACGACAUUCGAGUUAGAUGACAUACAUGUGCAUGUCACAUGUAUGCAAGUACAAAUCCUGUUGUGUGAAACGUAAAGUAUUAAUUGUUAAAUAAAAAGAGGAUUGUAGAAUAAUUUAUAUAUUAUUAAGCAAAUGCUUUUCAUUGAGUAUUAAAUAUCGCAUAAUGCAACGGAUGCAUAAGUGACUACAAAAAAGAGAUUAAUCUAGUGUAUCAGUGUAUUUUUGCUUUGCUCUGCACAUGUCUAAAACUUUUUUAGCGAGAAACUUUUACGUUUGUAUCAAAGUGAAAUAACAUACGCAAUGCGAUUUGUAUGUAAUUUGCAUUUAUCUCGUAAUCAAUAUGUAGUUAUUAUUGUAGGUACAAUGAUUUCUUGUUGAAAGAAUCAUUAAUGUCGCAGGCAUUAUUUUAAUCGCGAUGUUCAUCGACCUAGUCAAUGUUUUAGUAAAACUAAAUUUUUUUAAUCGAUAAAUACGAGAGAAAAAAUUUACACAAUUGCAAUGUGCAUAUAAUGCACAUUUUAUCAGUAUGCAUGUAUUAUAACAAAGAGACUUGUGCAAUCUUUUUCUACGUAUUUUUUAUAAGCUAUAGGUUUAAACGUAAAAACGUUCAAUUCAGAUUAUAAAGAUAUAUAUAUAUAUAUAUAUGAAAGUGUCUCAAAAACGUGUUGAGCUAAUGCCAAGCAUUAGCUAUUGCUAAAUCAUAGCAAUUAUCUUUGUUAAUAAUUAUUAUUUAUGCAAAGUAUUUAUACAUGCAUGACCAGUGUGUUGACUAUCGAAAUUAAAAAUUUACAGAUUAUUGCUGCUAUUGGCUCUCAGAAAUUAUACUUAUGUAUACACACGAUAAAAAAUUUCGUUAGCUGUUAAAUAAUUUAGGAGAAUAAUUUUUGUGUGCAAUAUACUAUACUGAGAUCAAUGUAGCAAUAUCGUAUCUAUAUAAUAUAGAUAAUAAAACAAAUAUUAAAUUGCAAUUUGUAAAGAUCAUAUUUUUCAUAUAACAGUAUGCACGUGUUUCAAAUAUAAAUAUUUAAAUUUACGUAUCUACAUAUUUAUACGACCUACACGUUAAAAGAUGUAAAAACACCAUCGCUAAAUAAAGAAAAUACAAUUACGCUAU